AUGUAUAAAUUUAAUGAUUCUACUGACAAAAGUUAUUCAAAAUACAAGCUUCUUAAAUUAGCCCUAAUUUUAGAGAAAUAAUCACUUAAAACUCCAUUUAACAUUCUUCGAAUCUACACAAAUAUAAAAUGGAGAUUUAAUCAGACUACAGACUUUGAUUACCAACAAAAUUAAUUGAAUGAAAUACGACGUAGUCAUCAUUGUUAAUCGUAAUUAGUUUUUACUUAAUUUAGUAUGCCAAGUAUAUAAAAAAAGGGUCUUAAAUAAGUAGUUUAAGAAAUAAAAAUCAAGAAUUACACAGAAAGAAUUCACAAUUCUGAAAUAGAAGGUUGUAGAACUUCAUCAUCUUUAAAAGAAUUGGUUGUGUUAGCAAGAGAGAAUAGUUUAAAAAGAAAUUCACAAAAAAAAAAUGAAAAUUUCACUAAAGAUGUUUAUUAAAACAUUUACGAGUUUGGUCUUCUUUUUCUAUUUAUUGGAUUUAUUGGAUCAAUGUACUCUGUUAUAAGUAAAUAAAUCUAAAGUUAAUGA